AUGACCUUAAACAUGGAUGAACUAUCUCUUCCAUUCAUUCUCAAAGCCUUUGCGUGGGCCUUUGUUCCCUACUCCAUAAUAUGCGUCAUCUACAACAUAUUCUUUCACCCCCUCAAGCACUAUCCUGGUCCUCGUCUCAUGGCUUCCAGUCGUCUUCCCAUUUUCUUCUUGGUCUUGAUUGGCAAAUCAGUUAAUACCUUGGAAAAGCUGCACGCAAAGUACGGCCCAGUGGUGCGCGUGGCUCCGGAUGAGCUCAGCUUCACCGCCGCAAGCGCCUGGAAAGACAUCUACUCGAGUAGCGCAGCUUGGCCCCUCGCUAUACCCCGCAAUAUGGUAUUCUUCAGGGCUAUGGCAGGGGAAUACGGUUUUCAUUCUUUGGUCACCGCCAACAACCAAGAUCAUGCCAGACUGCGACGUUUGUAUUCCCGCGCCUUCUCAAAGCAAGCACUGGCUGCUCAGGAGCCUCUGAUUAUCCAGCAUAUUGACAAGUUAAUCAAGAAGCUUCAUGCUGAGAUUGAUCAGACAGCCAAACCUGUCGACAUCAAUUUGUAUUUGAACCUGGCCCUCUUCGACAUGAUCAAUGACCUUCAAUUCGGGGAACCACUUCACUUAUUGGAUGAUACAACCCACCGGGCCUUUGCGCGCGCCUCGCUGAUCAUAGUACCCAGUGCUGCCGUAAUCCAAGCACUGGCAGACUUCCCUCUGGCCAGGAUCAUACUCAAGCCAAUUCUUCGCGAGGUAUUCAGAAUGCGACGACUCUAUUUUUCUACAACGGACCAGAGGCUCGAGAAACGAUUGGCAUCGAACUCAUAUCGCGCAGAUAUCGUGCAGUUCCUCACAGACGCCAAGUCAGAUAACAUAUCUCUUGAAGAAAUACAGGCCAAUGCACCACUCAUGAAUAUCGCAGGAUCCGGGACAUCUGCGGUGGCUUUGAGCGGCCUGAUCGCCCAUCUUCUCCUUGCCCCACACAUUCUCAAGGACUUGCAAAAUGAGGUUCGUUCAAAGUUCAAGACCAGUUCCGACAUUAUUAUGAAGAAUAUGGUCGACAUGCCCCUUCUUGAUGCCUGCAUUAAGGAAGUCCUUCGUGUGUUUCCAGCUGUUCCUGUCACUCCUGGGCGCUUGGUGCCGUCUCCCGGGGUCACUAUAGCUGGUAAAUGGGUUGCUGGUGGAACUCGCGUCUAUGUUACUCCUCUUGCAGCUUUUCAUUCCACGGAUAACUUUCAUGAUCCGGAGACUUUCGCUCCUCAGCGAUGGUACAAUACUAAGGAGGAGAACAGUUUCGCAUCUAAAGAUGUUAAGGAUGCGUAUAAGCCGUUUUCUGUCGGUCCUUAUAAUUGCAUUGGUCAAUACAUGGCACACUACAUCGUGUCCCUGUUCAUAUGCAACUUGCUUCUGCACUUUGAUUUGGAGAUUGCUACAGAUCCCAAGACUUGGCUUUCGAACCAGAGGGCCUGGAUUGUGUGGCACAAUCCACCUUUGAAUAUCAAUCUGAAGCCGAUCAAAGCAUAG